UUAUCACAUUUAUUUUUGCAUUUUUCAAGACAAAUCUUAGUUAAUCACACACUCUCACGCUGCCCCCUUGUGGCCAAACUUGAGAUAGCUUUCGUUUUUGCCCAAACGUGUUCCAGCUACUCAGUCUGCACACAGCCACCACACAGUGCACAUCAGUGACGGUUCAUCUGCAGUUUUCAGCCUUGGGGUAUCUUAGUCCUUUUACAACUUGUUACAAGAGAUUACUGCCUGCAAGCCAAGUAAAGCUCUAAGAACAUACAUGGCCACGGAGUAUUUCUUUGGUUGUUUGCUAUCUGUCUAGCCUUGGUAGACGUCACACCAUCAUGAGGACAGAAUAGUAAAAGGACUGUUACACAGCGGGCUAAAACACCAUCUGCUGUUACUAAAGCACGUGUCCAGACGAUACAAGAUGGAGCAGCAAAACGAGUCGGACCAGCCGCAAAAGCUCUACGACACCAGGUCAGUCGCCUCAAAAACAAAGACUUCAAGGUCCAGCAGGUCCUCAACCAGCUCCGCAGCCACCAAAGCAAGGGCUAGUGCUGAAGCAGCCCUGGUGGAGGCGAAAUAUGCAGCCCGAGAAGCAGAAAUGAUGAAAGUAAAGGCUAAAAUAGAGGCUGAAGCAGCACAACGCAAAGCAGAACUGGAGGCCAGUCUGUAUGUGCUAAAGAUCGAGAGAAGUGCCACGGCAGCCGCAGCUGAAGCAGCAGUCUAUGAAGGCGCAGCAGCAGUGGAAGGCAGCUCUCUCGAAGACCUGGCACAGAUCCCUCCAGAGGACACCGCUCAACACACCAGCGAGUAUGUGAAGGCUCACUACGUGACACCCGACGCUCAGCAGCCAGCUCCGGUCCCACAGCAGCCACUCACCACAUCCACGCCAGCACCACGACCAUCAUUACCAGCACCACCAUCUUCAGUCCAGUGGUAUCCGCUCCCCGGCACCGUCACAAACCAGCCUACGACCUUUGUUAAUGAAGAGAACUUGUGA